GAACCCGCGUUUUUCAACACGAACAAGAAACUUCACGCCAGAUAUUUUUGUUUGCGGAAGCUAACAAAAUCAUGUGACGGAGCGAGCGACAAAACGUCUGUUUGAAAUGCACGCAUCAGUAAAGAUCCGCAAUCAAACGCAGAUGGAGGAAAUCAAAGAUUCUCCAGACUACAACUGGUUCAGAAGCACAGUACCACUGAAAAGAAUUAUUGUUGACGAUGAUGACAGCAAAGUGUGGUCCUUGUACGACGCGGGCCCAAAGAGCAUUAGGUGCCCCAUUGUGUUCAUUCCGCCCGUCAGUGGGACUGCAGAAGUGUUCUUCCAACAGAUGUUGGCUUUGACAGGCUGGGGCUACAGAGUCAUAUCACUUCAGUAUCCAGUAUACUGGGAUCUCACGGAGUUCUGUGAUGGAUUUAGGAAGCUUCUCGAUCAUCUACAGUUAGAUAAGGUCCAUAUUUUUGGCGCAUCCUUGGGUGGCUUCCUGGCCCAGAAGUUUGCAGAAUUUACAUGCAAGUCCCUCAGAGUGCACUCUUUGAUACUGUGUAAUUCAUUCAGUGAUACCUCAAUCUUUAACCAGACAUGGACAGCGAACAGUUUUUGGUUGAUGCCAGCUUUCAUGUUGAAAAAGAUUGUCCUCGCCAACUUUGCUAAAGGACCUGUAGACCCAGAAAUGGCCGGUGCAAUUGACUUCAUGGUUGAUAGGCUGGAGAGCCUGAACCAGAGAGAACUGGCAUCCAGGUUAACACUUAACUGUCAGAACUCCUAUGUGGAGCCACACAAAAUAAUGGAUGUCGCUAUGACUAUUAUAGAUGUUUUUGAUCAGAGUGCACUCUCUUUAGAAGCAAAGGAAGAGAUGUAUAAAUUGUUUCCAAAUGCCAAAAGAGCUCAUCUGAAAACCGGUGGGAACUUCCCUUACCUUUGCCGAAGUGCUGACGUAAACCUCUACAUUCAGAUACAUCUGCGUCAGUUCCACGGGACAAGACACGCUGCCAUCGACCCAGCGAUGGUGAGUGCUGAGGAGCUGGAGGUCCAGAAGUGCCACUUGAAUACAUGCCAAGAUUCAGAUGAGGAGCAAUAACAAGCCUUUUGUCAAGCUGCCAAAAUUUCACGGAACCUUUUUGAUUAAAAAUUUGUCAUGUUUUUGUUUUUUGUCCGUGUAGAUUCUCAGUCAUAAUCAUUCACUUAAAGUUAGUUAUUGCCCAAGUCUUUUUUUUUUCAUUUUACAAAAAUGAUUUUAAUUUUUAGUAAACAUAUAUGUAAAAAAAUCUAAUGUUCAGUUUCAUGUUUCUCAUAAAAAAAGGCUCCCAUCACUUCUUCAGUAAAUUAAUUUGUUUACUGUAAUACAUUGGUUUGAAAAAUUGCACCCUUCCUAAUCACCUUUUUUUUUAAAAAAAUAAAAAAAUAAAGGUCAUUAUUUUUGGA